ACAGUCUCACAAGACACGCCCAUACGGUCAGUGUAAUUCUCCAGGUUACUUAUAUAGUACAUACAGUUUACUGCUGUUGAAGCAGCAGACUGAUACUGUCUCAAUUUACUACACCGAGCAAUUAUGUCGCACGUUACCGGCACGCCACCGAACUUCUCCUGGGUCGUCCCUCAGAAACUCGCUGGACUGGCCUGGCCUUCCGAAACGGCACAUUAUAAGUUCUUGCUGGAGAAUGGAAUCAAACACCUGGUGUGCUUGUGUGAAUCUAAACCACCAAAUCACGACACCUGUCCCGGGCUGACACUGCAUCACAUCAGUAUAGUCGACUUCACACCGCCGAGUCUGUCUCAGAUACAACGAUUUCUGAGCAUAGUGGAAGAAGCCAACGCAAAAGGCGAGGGCGUUGGGGUACACUGUAUGCAUGGUCAUGGCAGGACAGGGACCAUGCUGGCCUGCUAUCUGGUUAACACCCGGAACAUCACAGGUCUGGAAGCCAUCAGAGAAAUCCGACGACUUCGGAAAGGGUCCAUUGAGACGAAUGACCAGGAGAAAGCAGUGACAGACUUUCAUCAAUACAUUCAAGCCAGUUCUAUAUAAACGGCACACCCCACCCACUCUUAAAUCCUUAUGAUAAUAAUAAAAGUCCCAAAACGUCUGCUGUGGUUCAUGUUUUCAGCUACGAAACUUAAGUAACAAAACACUAAUCCAUGCAUGUGAGUCACACACAUUGAGUAAUGUACGAUUGCAGUGUUCUGAACACAGGUGGCAUGUGUUCAUCAAGAAUACACACCCAUAAAGAAUAAAGGUAACAAAGCACAGCUACUUUGUGCAACUUAAACAACUCUUUAUGUAACCUUAAUGUGGUUUGUUAAACCACAAGGCCAGACCCUGUUCAAUUCCUUUACAAUAAAACUAUGUCUGAGUUUGGAAUGGCAUACUUCCAUACUACUCUUCCCAUUUCUGCCAUAUAUAGACAUGUCAGAAGUACUAAGAUCUCCUUUUAUAUUGAUAUAAUUCUCUCUUCAGAUGCUACCAUUAAUGAGGCCAAUUUUAGUGUUGAAUUGUCCAGUUAAUCUUAAAUGCAAUGUAAAUUGGGUCAAAGACGUGAUACUAUUUGUUUCUGGAUCUAUUAAUAAUAAAAAAGGAGCUCCCCCCCCAAUUUCUAAAUUAAAAUUCAAUUUGACAUUACUUUUAUUUGUAUGUAAACUCAAUGUGGUAUCCCUAAGAUUGUAACAAACAACACUUCUUAUUAAAGGCUGACAUUCAUUACAUAUUAAUAGUCUGGUAUAAUCUUUUAUUAUUUGUUAAAAAGAAUAAGAUGUAACGCAGUUUUAUUUAAAAAAGGUCUAACAUCCCCAGC